CACUCCAAUCAUGCAAACCACUAAACGAUUUCUCUUUGCUUUCUCUGCCCUUUUCCUACUUGCAUUUCCCGUUUCUUCUUUUCCCAAAUUUACCAAAAAACCCCAUCUAUUUACACAAACUACCCCUCUACACAUUCACCUUCACCUUCACAAACGCAUCCAAACACAAACACAAACAGCACACACACAUUGCGACGGCUCACUCUACUACCAACUCUGCUUAGACACCCUCACCACCAUCCUACCGGACCUCCCAUCAAAAUCACUACCGGAAAUCAUUUCCGCCACCAUUAACCACACCGUCAACGACGUUAAGUCCGCCGACUUCAAUGUCACCGCCAUCCGCCGGAACCUUCACAGCCUCAGCGCUCUCGAAAUCCGAGCACUCGACGACUGUCAUUCGCUGUUUCUCGAAACCGUCACUCACCUCAACUCCGCCAUUUCCGACCUCAAACGACCGCCGUAUAAUAAACACAACGACCUCCAAACGCUGCUUAGCGCCGCCAUGACCAACCAGGCCACGUGUCUCGAUGGGUUUGCGCUUAGUAAUUCGAGAAACAAGGUACGACGGUACUUCCGUAAGCCGUUACGUAACAUUUCUCGUCAGAUCAGCAACUCGCUUGCUUUACUGAAGAAGAUGGACGGAACGACGACGUCGGAAGGGACGACGGAGACGUUCCCGGAGUACGGCGAGAUGUGGAACGGAUUUCCUUCGUGGGUAAGGAAGAAGGAGAAGACAUUGUUGCAGGCGGCCGUAGAAGAUACAGAAUACGAUUUAGUGGUGGCAAAGGACGGCAGCGGAAAUUUCACGACGAUCGGAGAAGCAUUGAGUGUAGCUCCGAACAAAAGCACGACGAGGUUCGUGAUAUAUAUAAAAGCAGGAGCAUAUUAUGAGUAUUUGGAGAUCGAUAGCAAGAAGACAAUGUUGACGUUGGUGGGUGAUGGGAUCGGAAAAACACUGAUCAAAGGUAACCGUAACGUCAUCGACGGCUGGACUACUUUCCGGUCUGCCACCGUCAUUGCCGUUGGCAGCAGUUUCAUAGCCAAAGGUAUCACCUUCGAGAACUACGCCGGAGCCAGCAAACAUCAGGCGGUGGCGUUAAGGAGCAAUUCAGAUUUAUCCGUCUUCUACAAAUGCAGCUUCGUUGGGUACCAAGACACUCUCUACGUUCACUCCUUCCGCCAAUUCUACCGUGAAUGCGACAUCUACGGCACCGUCGAUUUCAUCUUUGGCAACGCCGCCGUCGUCUUCCAGAAAUCCAAUCUAUACGCACGGCUACCAGAUCCAAACCAGAAAAACCUUUUUACAGCUCAAGGUCGAGACGAUCCAAAUCAAAACACCGGUAUUUCGAUUCUGGAAUGCAAAAUAGCUGCUGGAUCUGAGUUGAUUCCGUAUCAAACGAUGUUCAAAUCGUACCUAGGGAGGCCAUGGAAGAAGUAUUCGAGAACUGUGAUCAUGAGGACCUACAUCGGUGAUCUGAUUGAUCCAGCUGGUUGGUUGGAGUGGUCAGGUGAUUUCGCUCUGGAUACACUUUAUUAUGCGGAGUAUAUGAAUAGAGGUCCUGGUUCGAAUACAAGUGGUAGAGUGACUUGGCCGGGAUAUAAGGUGAUCGUGAAUUCGUCGGAGGCCGACCAAUUUACGGUUGAGAAUUUUAUUCAGGGCGGCGAGUGGUUGGAUGGUACCGGAGUUCCCUAUUACCUUGGAUUGUAUGAGAAACUGGUUGAUAUAUAAUAGAGUGAACUCUGUGUCAAAGAUUGGGAUUAUUGUUUUGGUUUUUGUGUUUUGUAAUUUAUUGUUGUUUUUGUGUCUAAAAAUAAGGGACUGUUCUGUUCGUGUUACAUUAAGUCAUAUAUGAAUAAAGUCGUCUGAAUAAUAUAAAAUAAAUUGUUUUUUUUUUUUU